UUUUGUUUUUUCAGUAUGGACUUCACAAUUCAGUGUGAAAUACCCACUGAACUGGAAGUAAAAGACACUAAUUUGAAUCGUAUGGAUAUUAAAAUAGACAAGGAAGUAUUCUAUUUGGAGAAAACUUUUACGUUCCUGCCAAAUCCAACAAUUGAAGAUUUUUCACCACGUAAAGGAACUGUGAGUGGUGGCACAGGAAUAACCAUUAGAGGAAAGAAUUUGACAAAUGCAAAUGUUGGUAGAAUUGAAACAACGUAUAAGGGUGAAUCUAAGGUAGAAUACUGCAAUAUAUCAUCAUCUACAGAAAUGUUAUGUAAAGCUCCAGAAGCUCCAAAAUCUGUGAAAUCGGCAAUCACUAACAUGAUCAACUCGAGACGACGGAAAAGAUCGGAUUGUAGCGCUUGCAUAAAGGUCAUCGUGAAGGUUUACCUUGAUGGCUAUAGCAAAGCUUUUGAUAUUACGUAUUAUCGAGAUCCAUCCUUGUAUAAAUUUGAGGACAAAAAUAAUGUGCAUCUCUUUGACAAUGAUCAACAAAAGCUCACUAUAAAGGGAGCAUAUAUAAAUCUUGUUGCAAAAGAGUCAGAUGUUAAUAUUACUAUUGGACUGGAAAGCUGCUCUGUGUUUGAACUGCGGGCAGAUUCUAUCACAUGUUUAGCACCUAAAGAUCAACCUGCCUCAGGCAGAAAAAACGUCCCUCAUCCCGAAGUCAAUGUGACGAUUGGAAAUUACUUUGAGAAUGUUGGUUACUUAGAGUAUGUGAGGGAGACAGAAAUGCUAUUUAUAAUACUUGGUGCUGUAGUUGGUGGAGUUUUUGCUUUAGCUAUUAUAGGCAUUAUUGUUGGAUGCUACAAAUACAGGAAAGUUGGGAAAAGGGCAAGGGCAAUUGAAAAGAACUUGUCUGACAUGGAGAUGGAGAUUAAACGAGUAGCAAGGGAAGAGUUUUUGGACAUGCACACGACCAUGUCUUCGGUGAACAAGAACCUGGUGGAGCAAGGUUUCCCGUACCACCCUUAUCAACAGUUUGCGUGUAAUGUGAUGUUCUCUGUAGAUUAUCUUUGGACAGAACCGGUUGUAAGUAACGGCAAGAUGACAGAUGAUGAGCGUUUGAAAGCUAAUCGUGGAAUGGAGUCGUUAGAAUCGUUAAUCUACAACAAAUUCUUCCUUGUCUCCGUAAUUUCCACGAUGGAAAACGAGAAACGAUUCUUCAUACGAGAGAAAUCAAACUUGGCUGGAAACCUGUGUGCAGUGUUAAUGGGUAGAAUGGAUUAUCUUGAUGAGAUAUUAAAAUUGUUGAUGAAUAAUUUGGUACAAGAUUCUCCAGCAAGAAAACACAAGGCACUCUUCAGAAGGUGUGAGAGUAUAACGGAAAAACUGUUAAGUAACUGGCUGUCACUGUGCCUGUACCCACAUGUCAAGAGCCAUUCUGGUUCCCCUCUGUACCUUCUCUACAUGGCUACACAGAAAACAAUGGAGUCCGGCCCCAUAGAUGCUGUGACAGGUGAUGCCAAAUACACAUUGUCUGAGGAAAAACUGCUGAAGAAAUGGAGCUCCUCCAUGGACGAGGACAAUGAUCAAGACCUUAAGUUUGAGGCCAAAACAUUGACACUGAACGUGGUAGUUGACAAUGGUGAUGAAAUUUUCAAAUGCAAAGUUCUAGACUGUGACACAAUUUCUCAGGUGAAAAACAAAUGCCUGAAUCAAAUAUAUGUGAACUUUCCUGCCUCUAAACUUCCUGUUGGAGCCAAUGAUCUGGAAUUGGAAUGGCAUGAGGGAUUUGGAGGGACAUUAAAGUUACGUGAUGAAGACAACACAUCAAAACGUGAAGGUAAAUGGGUACGAUUUAACACGUUAGCACAUUACAACGUGAAGGAUGAGAGCAACAUGGCACUGAUAGAUCCCCAUAGUGCUGACAACAACCUAGAGGACUACGUGAAUUUAGCCAAUAUCAAUAUGGAUGGGGUGUGUGACGGGAGCAUUGAUUCUUCACAGCCCCUCACUUUACAUGAUCCAGAAAAUCCACAUGAAUGUGAACAGUGGCACUUGGUAAGUCAUUUCUUUCUAGCUGACCAGAUCUGGGCUGUUCAAUGAAACAUAAUAUCCUAAUUUAAUGAAAAU